GGGCCCGAGCGGCUGAGGGGGGUCCUAGGCCCCGGGCCGGUUCUUCCGCAUCGCCGCGGCCGGGCCCCGAAGUGGCUGUGAGCUUCCUGCGGUGCGGGUCGGCUGGUAACGUCCCGUCCCGAAAUAUGAGGGACUUGACGGGAAACAUGCCCAAGAUAACGCUGAACGGCAUCACGGUGGAUUUCCCCUUCCAACCCUACGAGUGCCAGGAAGUCUACAUGGCCAAGGUGCUCGAGUGUCUGCAGAAGAAGGUAAAUGGCAUUCUGGAGAGUCCUACAGGCACAGGAAAGACCCUCUGCCUGCUGUGUUCCACUCUGGCUUGGCGGGAACACUUCAAAGACACUAUCUCAGCCCGCAAAAUUGCACAGCGUAUGAAUGGAGUGGAACUCUUUCCUGAGAGACCCAUGUCAUCCUGGGGCAAUGCUGCCACAGAUGCUGAUAUCCCAACUUAUUACACUGACAUUCCUAAAAUAAUUUAUGCCUCCAGAACUCACUCACAACUUACACAGGUCAUUAAUGAAUUAAAGAACACAGUCUACAGGCCGAAGAUAUGUGUUUUGGGUUCCAGAGAGCAGCUUUGCAUCAAUCCUGAAGUGAAGCGACAGGAGAGCAACCACAUGCAGAUCUACAUGUGCCGAAUGAAAGUGAUGGCUCGUGCUUGUCAUUUCUAUAACAAUGUGGAAGAAAAGAGUACAGAGAAGGAACUGAUUGACUCAAUCAUGGAUAUUGAAGACUUGGUUAAAAAUGGAAACAAGCACAGAGCUUGUCCUUAUUAUCUCUCUCGAAGCCUGAAGCAGCAAGCAGAUAUUAUUUUUAUGCCUUACAACUAUUUACUAGACUCAAAGAGCCGGAGAGCACACAACUUGGACCUGAAGGGGACUGUGGUAAUACUUGAUGAAGCUCACAAUGUGGAGAAGUUGUGUGAGGAGUCAUCUUCUUUUGACUUGACACCCUAUGAUUUGGUUUCAGCAAUGGAUGCUGUAAAUGUCGUACUGGAAGAACAAGCCAAAGUAGUUCAACAGAAUGAAAUAAAUGCUGAAUUCAAUAUGGAGUUGGCCAAUUCAGGACUGAACAUGGAACUUGAAGAUAUAGCAAAGAUAAAGAAAAUUCUUCUUCAACUAGAAAGUGCUAUUGAUGCAGUGGAGCUGCCACUGAAUGAUAGUGGAGUCACCAAAGAGGGAAGCUACAUCUUUGAUCUGUUUGCAGAGGCCCAAAUAACAUUCCAGACCAAAUCGUCGCUCUUGGAGUCACUAGAGCAGAUUUUACAGUUUCUUUCAGGCCGCACUGGGAUAUUUGUCAAUACGUCUGGAUUGCAUAAGCUCUCAGAUAUUAUCCAGACAGUAUUCAACAUUGAUCCUCCAGAAGGCACAACAGGUUUUAUGCUACAUCAGUCGAUAUCUAAAUAUUAUAAGGUACAUAUUCAUCUGGAUAACAGUAAUCAGAAGAAGAAACAAAGGACAGAUCUCUGGAAUUCAUCAUCUGCAAAAAAACAAGGAAAGACCUUAAGCUAUUGGUGUUUCAGCCCUGGAUACAGCAUGCAUGAACUUGUUCGACAGGGUGUCAGGACAAUUAUCCUUACUAGUGGGACUCUCUCCCCCCUCUCAUCAUUUACAAUGGAAAUGCAGAUCCCUUUUCCUGUUUGCUUGGAGAAUCCUCAUGUUAUUGAUAAACACCAGCUCUGGGUUGGGAUCAUUCCUAAGGGACCUGAUGGAGCUGUGCUUACUUCUACCUAUGAAAGAAGGUUUUCAGAGGAUUAUUUAUCUUCUCUGGGGAAAACGAUUGGUAACCUUGUGCGAGUUGUACCACAUGGACUGUUGGUGUUCUUCCCGUCAUAUCCUGUCAUGGAUAAGAGCCUGGAAUAUUGGAGAGAGCAUGAUUUUGCUAAAAGAAUAGAAGAAGUGAAGCCAAUGUUUGUGGAACCCAGGAACAAAGGAAGCUUUGCAGAGGUAAUGGAUGCCUACUAUGAUAAAAUUGUCUGUCCUAAGUCCAACGGAGCUGCUUUUUUGGCAGUAUGUCGGGGAAAGGCCAGUGAAGGCUUGGACUUUGCAGACAUAAAUGGACGAGGAGUCAUCAUUACUGGGCUUCCGUUUCCUCCUCGUAUGGAGCCCAGAGUCGUUUUAAAGAUGCAGUUCCUGGAUGAAAUGAGAAGAAGUGGUGCAGGUGCACAGUAUUUAUCUGGACGUGAGUGGUACAGUCAGCAAGCUUCCCGGGCUGUUAAUCAGGCCAUCGGCAGGGUCAUCAGACAUCGCCAAGACUAUGGUGCUAUCUUCCUGUGUGACCACAGGUUCACAACGAGUGAUGUAAGAGGCAAGCUGCCUUCAUGGGUCCGUCCUUACGUGAACGUUUAUGACAACUUUGGGCAUGCAGUCCGAAGUGUCUCUGUCUUCUUUCGUGUUGCUCAAGAAAUUAUGCCCCCACCCCUGCCACAAUGCCCUUCUGGCUCUGCUGGUUCCCUAAGUGAAAGCGAUACGGUACCAUCUACUUCAUCUGAGCAGAUCCUCUCCCUGAAAAAAGCCAAAAACUUGGAUGACCAUGUUCCCAGUUUGAAGAGGAAAAGAAAAGUAAAUGGAGAUGGAGCAUCCAGCCUAUGCAUGGAAUAUGAACAAGAGCUCAUCUCACCUAGAAGACAAUGUGUUGGGCUCUUGGAUGCAUUGGAGCGCAAUGAGAAGAGCAGUGAAGAUGCAGAGGAGGAAAGUGACUUGUCGGGAGAGGAAAAGGCACAACGUCUGUCAACACUUUCCCUUCAGUAUGAGAAGAGGUUAACAGAUGAGCAGAAAGGAGGAAGGAAGAAAAUAAAGCUAGUCAGCAAUACACAAGCUGAUAAGAAAGCAAACCUGACAGAGCCAAAGAAGGCCCGAGCUACAUUGUACAUCGCAACGGUGAAGGACACCCUAAGCCAACAGAACUAUGAUCUCUUCUCUAAGGCUCUUCAGCACUACAAGAAGACAGACGACUUCCAUGCUAUGUUAUCCCAAAUGAGCGCUCUCUUUAUAGAGGAUGAAAAAAAGCACGUCUUGUUACGAGAAUUUUACCAGUUUGUUCGACCUCAACAUAAAAAACAGUUUGAUGAAGCAUGUUGCAAUCUGACUGGAGUGGGCUGUGGCUACAAACCUGAGCACAGCCUCCUGCGGGAAGAGAGAGAGAUACUAGCCAAGAAAAUAGAAGAAAAACGGAGUCAGCAGAAAACUGUGUUCUCAAAGGACUCGUGUGCUCAGCUAAACCCUGGCCUCCACUUGAACCGGGGAGGAUCCCACUUGACAGCAGGUCUGAAUAGUGCAGGGCACAAUGCCAGUCGAGCUCCAAGGAAAGACAUUGAAAAAGCUUCAAACUCUAGGAGAGAUCACCACCAGGUCCUCAGGGCUACCUAUCUCAACGAUGUGAAAAGGGCUUUGAACAAAAGCACUUACAACCGUUUCUAUGAAGCAUUGUUAGCUUACAAGAAGACAGAUAACUAUGAUGCUAUGAUAUCAGUGAUAGCAGCCCUCACCACUGAGAGGCCAGAAGACUUUCAUCUCCUGCAAAGGUUUUACAUGUUUGUGCGCCCUCAUCACAAAGAGCAGUUCAAACAGAUGUGUAAAGAUUUGACUGGAAUGGUCUGUGGCGAGGGAGAGAAGCAACUGCAGGUGCCAGGUGAAGGGAGCCCUCUGAGUUUGGAGAGCUGGUGCACUAAAGGAGAAGACAGCCACGUACAAGAUGCAGCCACUUCUAAGGGUGAGGCACCAGAAAAAAUUCAGAGGAAGAUUUCCUCCUUCUACUUUAACCAGAAAAGCAAACUUGAAUUGCCAGAGACCAAAGUAUCAAAAGAAACCAGUAACAUCAGAGCACCCACAGGCUCUGGAGCUGUGCCUAUUUUUCCACUAGAGAUGGAGCCAGAGUGUGGAAGAUUCCAGUGCUCUAACUGCAAAUCUGAGGAUGAUGUGCCUUUUAAAUGUCCAUUAUGUGACUUCACUUGCUGCAAAACAUGCUGGGAACAGUUCUUAAAGGGAGAACACCCAAAUCCUGAUGGAAGAUUUACCACUUAUUUCAUUAUUUACCAUGUUCUGCAAUGUGAUUAGAGGCAGACCUCUGCCUUAUGCUGUGGUUUUUACACCUUUGCAUCUUCUUCUGAGCUGCCUCCACAUGUUUUCCUGUCUAGAGCUACACAGGCAACAAGCUGUGGAGUCAACUUGAAAAAUGUUUGGGUUUGUUUUCUUUUUACAUCUGAACCUUUAUUUUAAUUUUUUUUUUUCUUGCUUAGUUUCAUAUUUUUCCCUAUCUAAAAACCUACUGUAAAGCACUAUCAUGAGAUGAGGCACAUCAGGAAGAGGCUGCUUAGGGAAGUGGUUGAAUCACCAUCCCUGGAGGUAUUUAGGACAAGUUUAUGUGGUGCUUAGGGCCAUGGUGUGAUAGUCUGACAAAUUAUAGUCAAUGUCUCAAACAUUCAUUAAAGAACUGACACAUGGUUUAGUGGUGGACUUGGUAGUGGUAGGUUAAUUGUUGGACUCUAUGAUCUUAAGGGUCUUUUUCCAGCCUAAACGAUUCUGUGAAUCUGUGACUCUAAAUUUAUGCUCAAAUAUCUCUUGUGUUAUCCUGUCCUUUGGUUUUCCUGGAUGAGUAAAUUGGUGGUUGAAAUUCUUUAGGUAAGAGGAUGUAACUGAUCCCACAGUGCAUGUGUUUGGUAGCAUCUUACCCAACAUUUGAUUCGGCAGCCAGGUGUUAAUAAUCUGUGACCCUGGAUAUGGAAGUCUAAUACAAGAGUGGAGUGAUUUCUAAACAUUCAUAGGUGAUGAAGAAGGCUACUAAUCAAUGGAGCUCAGGAACCUAUAAAAACAGUACAGAAGGAAAAGAAAUUUCUUCAACCUGGGAAUCUAUAAGCAAGUACAAAAUAAUCAGUCAUUCUGAGUUCCAGAGAAAGGUCUUUUUCUCCAGAAGAAGACAUUGAAUUACGUCAGCUAAGUGUCAAAAAUAAUCAGUAUACGAACAUCCAAAUAAAAUACAGUGACCAAGACAGACUUGGUCCAAGAGAAAUAUAGAAUAAUCUCCAGACUGAUGUUUUCAGACAUGUAUCUCCUAGAUGGAAUUCAGAAUAGCUGUUCGACUAAAUUUCAUCCUCAGUCUGCUAUGCCAUAUUUCUUUAAAAAUGUUAAAAUCCAAAAGUAUUGGAUUACAAGGAAUAUAUGAAAGAAAGUACAAGAAAGCCAAAGGAAGGCAUCUCAUGUUUGCUGCAGAUUGGGCAGUCAAACCAAUUGCCUUGAAUAGGCAUUACCACUGAAUACUCAAUUUUUCCUUUUAUGACGAAGAAUAUGGGGAUGAACAUCUGACAGUUGGCAUACUCCACUUCAGAAAAGACUCUAGGAAAGUCAUGACAAGAAUUUUACUAGCAUGUGUUUAUAAUCUCUGCUGCUUGAGACUUGAGUUGAUGAAGGAACAGAAGGAGCUCCCUGGGGAGUUUUUUUUGGUUAGGCAAGCAUUUAUUAUCCCACAGGGAGAUUAUGUUAUCUCAGCUCAUAGAUUUUCAUCUUGUAAGUGUCUGGGGAAAAACUCUCUCCUUUUGCCAGUAACAUGUAACUUUUAAGCUGACGAAACAACAAUUACGAAUCCACAAAAUUAGAACUGUUGUAUAUUGAGCAAUUUUACUGCCCUGUUCUGUGGUUUUUGUCUUGAAAUUGGUAAUUCUGAGGUCUUGUUUUCUCCUUAAUCCCCCAGUUAAUGUGCAUUUUCAUGGCUCAUAGAUAAAUCACAGAACUUGCUCAGUCUAGAUUUUUUUUAAUCACUCCAUCUGAUUGCACAUCUCUUAGACUGGGGAUUAAAAUAGUCCGAUCUACUAGAUUAGACUGUAUUUCAGAUUCAGGUACUUGAAUGCAUCCAGAGGAGGGCAGCAAAGCUGGUGGAAGGGCUGGAAGACAUGUCCUGUGAGGAGCAGCUGAGGACUUUGGGUUUGUCUGGUUUGGAGAAAGGAGACUGAGGGGCAACCUCAUUGCUCUCUACAGCUUCCUGAUGAGGGGAUGUGGAGAAGGACAUGCUGAUCUCUUCUUCCUGGGAUCCAGUGGCAGGACAUGUGGCAGCAGUUCAAAGCUGUGUCAGGGGAGGUUCAGACUAGAUAUUAGGAAACAUUUCUUUACCGAGAGGGUGGUCAAACACUGGAACAGGCUUCCUAGAGAGGUGGUCGAUGCCCCAAUGCCUUUAAUAAUAUGCUUUAACUUUUGGUCAGCCCUAAAGUGGUCAGGUAGUUGGACUAGGUGAUCAUUGUAGGUCCCUUCCAACUGGAAGUAUUCUUUCUGUUCUAUUCAGGUAUCCAAUACAAAACUGUAUUUGGGGAAAUGAGUCACUACCUUGAAUAAUCUUGCUAGUUACAGUGAAACUUCAUCCCACGUUGUACCGGGUGGUGGCAGGGGAAAGAAAAGAUCUGUGUUUUCCUUAGCAAGGUGAAUCAGAGCUUUGCUUUGUGGUAGCAUAGCACAGCCCUCUGAGGUGAAUACAGUCUUAUAAUUUGUGAAGAUAGGGAAAGACAGAUACAGUUUGAAGCAAAUAAUCAGAACAUAAUAGCAGAUGUACUGAGUCAGAGUACAGGUCCGUCCAACCCAGCAGUCUGUCUCUGACAGUGGCCAAAAAAUGACAGCUAGGAAAGAGAAACAUGACAAGCAUGGGUGAUGAUUCUUGCAGGUGAUCUCUACAGCCCUGAAGCUAUUUGCAGCACAAGAACUCCCUGAGUCAAAGGUUGCUUCUGUAUAUUCAGAAACCUCUGAAGCAUUUCCACCACAUUGUCUAAUUCCCUUCGAAAACAAAGGAACUUGUCAUCCACAUCCCACAGCAAGCACUUCCACAGCUUAGCCAAACGUUAUGUGAAGAACUGUCUCAUUUUUUGUUGUCAUUUUGAACCUGCUUCUUGCUAGUUCGGUGUAAUGCCCAGCUUGUUUGAAAAGGAAAAACAAGAUAUUCUUCCAGUUCUCGAGAAAAAUGCGUCAUGGAUACUCUGUCCUUCAUAAGUGCACCUUUGGAGUCUUUCUACAUACACCAACAGUGUGAUCCAUUUGCCUUCUCCAUAGACAACAUACAUCAAAGUCCUUAUUUCUAAGAAUGUUUUGUUUGGGGGUUUUUGAGUUUUCUUUUUCUUGCUCUGAACAACAAACUGUUGGGUGUGGGGGAUGUAAGAAACAUCUUCUCACCAGCUGAGACCUUUUGCUCUACUGUUCAAGCACCCCUCAAGGUUCAGCAUGACUGGCAUUCUAUAGCCUUUGUUAUGGAGAACAUGAAACUACAUGGUCUCGUCACCUUUUCUUACCUUAUGACAUACCUUUGUAGUGAUGAAUGGUUCUCAGUAUACGUUAGCUUGCUUAUGAUACGAUUCAAAUGUAGUUUGGUUAAUGAAAAGUCAACUAUCUUGUAGUUUGGGAUAUUACUUGAGGACUCAUGGAGGGAGAUAGUUCUCCCAGUGAUGAGACAAAACUGUUCUCUGCUAGUCAUGCAGAUGAGGAGGAAGAACAGCUUGGUUGAGAGCACGGGAUUGCAAACAGGAAGAUUAUUCCAUGUUUCUCUGAAACCAAUCCCAGAGGAACCAUCUCCCAGUACUUCCAUCCACAUUCCUACCCAUGCAUUGGCUGGUUGUACAGCCAAUUGCCUCCAUUUGUGGCAAGGGCUGUGUUUGUGAUAGAGGUAUCCUUACCAGCAGGAAAUGAGCAACCAUGUCUGUUGUGUCUGAGCUCUGAACUCUCAUCAGAUGGCAUCGGGUUUUGUCACCACUGACUGGGAUGAAUUUGAAAACAUCUUUUUGCUUUGCUAACAAGUUGCUCACUAUGUUUCUUCACCUCAAAAGCACUUUUUGUGCAUAUAGUCCUAUGAGGAAGUGACUAAACAGCCUAUCAUUCAAAAUACAAUGACUUGGGUUUUGCAAAUUGUGAUGUCUUUUCCAUUUUGUUAUUUUACUGAAAUAGCUUAGUGGUGGGGAGAGGCGGUGAACAAUUUUGGAACAUUUUAGAAGCUUUUGGAGGAGCAGACAGAAUUCCCUGCAGCUGGAGGGGUAUUAGAGGGAUUAGUGCUUGUGCAUGUUGGGUGAUUUUUCAGUGCAUUAGGGGAAGCCUUGCAGAGACUGUGCCAGUAUACGCUGCUUUUAGUUUUAGUUUUCUGUGCAGAGGUCUAUUGCUGCUUUUUACUGUUUAAAUGCAUUGUUUAUCAUGCUCUUUUUGCAGGUCUUCCAGAGAGCCUGAGUUAUUCUCACUUGGACUAUCUGUAAUAUGGGCAAAUAAUAUAAUAUUUCACAAUUAUAUAUUACACUUAAAAUUUUUAGAGCUCUUUGACAAAUCACUGUCUACUGGGAGGUAAAGUGAGUUUUCCUCUCCCCCUCCAUUUAUGGUAUUUCAAUUAAUAUUUCUAGAAUCAAAAUACUAGUGCCUGAGCCUACUUUGCAGUCUACAUCUUUUGUUGCAAUGAUUAACGUCGAUACUGUAGGGAAGCCUGUGCAGCACCACUGCUGUAGGUAACCAUCGUUUUAGCCUACUGAGCUGGCAAGUUUCUCAUAAAGAUUAAUUGUUAAAAAUUUUUUUUUUUACUAUCUCAUGUUUGAAAUAAGCAGAGCAUUUUAGUUUUACCAGUAACUUGCAAAAUAUAAAAAGAACAGUUGGGGUUCAUCUGUAGGAAAAAUGGCUGAAGACCAACUUCAAAAUUUCAGAUUAGCGAAGAAGCAAACUGAAACCUGGGUGGAGAAAUUAUUGCCUCAUGUACCCAGUCUUCUGCUGUUAACCAAGAAAGGUGUGGGGUGGUAGGAAGAAAUAAAUGUACUUGGUUCCCCUACAAAACUCUUGGUCAUGACCACAUGUAUCACCGAUGUCCUGGUAUGCCCAGGAGAUCGAUUCCUUCUCAUCUGUGCAAGAGGAAGCAGGAGUUCAGGGAACUCACCAGCCAUCUGAUAGGAUUUUCCUAAUAACAAGUACAUCUGUACUUCACAACAGCUCUUGCAGUUCUCUAUUUCCUCAUUCCUGUAUUUUAGUCUUCCAGAUAUGUCAUAGCUGUAAUUAAUGAGAUGACUGCUGUAAAAUUUAUUGCUACUUCACUGGGAGGCUUUCUUUUUCCUCAUUUUAUUUUUUUAUUACUAGCAGUUAAAUGACUGCCUGGUAACACCACCUUUAAAAAUAAGAGAUAGGGUAUCUUGGGGACUGUCAAAUGACUAGCAUGGCUUAUAGUUCAUAUUGGACAAUUGCAAACUUGAUAGAGAAAUUUAAUAUAUUAUCUAUGUAUUUUGUGCAUUUAUUUAUAUAGAUGGUGAAGAAGUGCCCAGAGUGCCACAGUGAUGUGAAGAAGCAGCGAUUAAUCCAAGUUUUUUUCUGGUCAUAGUCUCACUGACAGAAAGUACUUCAUGUCAGCAGAAAGAAAUUGCUGCACUCUGGCUCUCAAGCUGAAUGGAAGCAGGAUGAAGGUUCAUUUAUAUAUCUUUGAUCCCUGGCUCUGGAUUACAUGCUGUGCACAAACUCAUACCAUUUCUUCCUACAAAGGUGAUGAAGUCUGAAAGGUUUCUCUCUUCAACCACCAGCAGGAGACAAAGCAGAAUAUUGUCCUUUGUUGGAGCUAAGAAGGUUAAUUUCUUCCUUAUUUUAGCCUGUAAAUGCUACUGUGGCCACUCUUAGGCCGAUAUUUUAUACCCUAGAGGCGGCUGUCAUUCAUGAGCCCAUCAGCUAAUAUCAGAGCCUGGCAGAGCCCUAGCUGCUGCAGUGGAACUGAGCUGGCUAAAUAAGAAGGCCAGGCUACCCCUCUGUAUUGCACUGGUGUUCCUGGAAAAAGUUAUUCACAUUCACUGGUGUUUGGCAGCAGCUGCUGUCUCCAAUAGCAGAAAACACUGAAAGGAUGUUUUUCAAAAACAAAUUCCAGUGAUUGGAUAGUGAGCAGAAACACUCCCUUGCAUCUGCUGUGUACCCCAAAGCCUGAUUCUUUCCACUAUGCUGGGAUUUUUCAGAACAUGCUUCUAAGAAGGCUCUAUUUUCUGCUCAGUACUGAUAUUUCUGCUGUCCCUGUGUUAUCUGAUGUUUACUUUCCAAGAAGAAAAAGGAACUAAUUGAUUUAAAACUUUAAAAUAAAUCAAGUUAGAUGGGUUAAAAAAAAAUUCCUUGGUACUUCUACUCUCUAUGAGUAGUGGAUAUAAGUGGUUAACCUGAAAAAUUGUAUCAAUUUUAAAUCUUCAGUAGCUGCUGUAAAUCAAACUAUAAAUAAAACCAUUUUUGUUUUAA